CAUCAAUUAGAUUGCUUCCACGACCACCCCAUCUCGCACCACCCCCGCGCCCCUUGAACUGUACCCGUAAGUUGCUUCACCCGCCCAUCCCUCGCCGCACCUGCCCGUAUUUGCCACGCGUUCGAGAGCGGCUGCCAUGGGGAUAGCAAGCCUCGACCGCAACCUGGCACCGGGCGCUCGACACCGCGUGCGCCGCCUCGACACGCUGCUCAACGCCGCAGCCGCGGUGCUUUUGAUCCAACGACCGCUUCUCUGACAGUGUCCCCGCGCAGGUUCAGGAGCGUCACUCACCGCCUCCCGCCCCCCUUCACACCGUAGCUCCACACACGAGCACACGCCGCAAUCAUGGGUCUCACAUUCUCGAAGCUGUUCGACAAGCUGUGGGGAAAGAAGGAGAUGCGCAUCCUGAUGGUUGGUUUGGACGCCGCCGGAAAGACCACAAUUCUAUACAAGCUCAAGCUCGGUGAAAUCGUCACCACCAUCCCCACCAUCGGCUUCAACGUCGAGACCGUCGAGUACAAGAACAUCCAGUUCACCGUGUGGGAUGUCGGAGGCCAGGACAAGAUCCGCCCUCUCUGGAGGCAUUACUUCCAGAACACCCAGGGCAUCAUCUUCGUCGUCGACAGCAACGAUCGCGAUCGUGUUGUCGAGGCCCGUGAGGAGCUCCAGCGCAUGCUGAACGAGGACGAGCUCCGGGAUGCCAUGCUCUUGGUCUUCGCCAACAAGCAGGAUCUUCCCAACGCCAUGAACGCUGCCGAGAUCACUGACAAGCUCGGCCUCCACAGCCUCCGACAACGCGCUUGGUACAUCCAGUCCACCUGCGCCACGAGCGGAGACGGUCUGUACGAGGGUCUCGAAUGGCUGAGCAACUCGCUCAGGAAGGCUGGCCACAACUAAGCCGAUGCACCCCGACCGCCGCGAUGACGAUGCGACAUGCCACCGUGCCCAGGUCUGCCUGCGACCCAGACAACCCUCUCUCAACCCCGCCUUACCACCCCCUAACGACCUCGGAAGAACCUCUACAAGUGUGUCUGUGCUUGCGUGUUAUUCAAAUCGGAUGGUGGAGCGGACAGAUUUCCUUUUCACCACUGGAGUUUGUGAACUGCCAUGAUCGCUACAUCAUUAAAUGUCACGGAUUGUUUGGUGGUUCAAAUCGGAAAUAGUCUACCGGGUACUCUACAGUGCUACUAUCCAAUUUGAGCCUUUGCUUUUGCUACAGACUGCUGCUCUGCAGUUUCCCUAGCGGUUGCCUGCCUGUGAUAUCAUGACUCGGCUCAUUAGAACCAGGGGGUGUUGGGUUGCAAGAUUGUUUCCAUUCACAACG